AUGAUCUCGUUCACUAAAGUCGUCUUCGUCAAGGGGGAACCCGGAAACCAGGGCUCUUCAUACAACCCUAUCUCCCUCCUUUGCCCUGUAGCCAAGAUCAAAGAGAGUCGUGCUCCCCUACAUCUUAGGAUCCCUCACUACCGUCCCCUAGCAACAUGGUUUCAAACCGGGACACUCCACUGUCACCGCCCUCCUCCCGCUCGCGCACCAGAUUACGACGGAGCCAUCCACUCGGGCGUUCCCCAGGGCUCGGUCAUCUCGCUGGCCCUCUUUAACCACUUCAUCUCCGACAUCCCAGUGCCGAUCCCCAACAUUGCCUCAUACGCCGACGACCUUACCAUUUUCGUGUCGUCCCCGAGCUCGACGCUGCGGAGGCUGAGCUCGCCUUGCUCCUUCGCAGCGGCUCAGCCCUUGCUCCAUGGCACCAAUUGGGGCUUCUCCAAGGAGGAGAAGGAGGAGAAGGCUUCUCUCAACUACGCGGCCCCCAUCUGGUACACUGUCGCCUCACGCACAGUAACUGCCAGUCUGCAAUCAAUACAAAACACUGCUUUGAGACUAGUCACCGGCUGCCUCAAAAUGGCCCCUAUCGCCCAUCUUCCCCAGGAGACCGGCGUCCCCCCUUUGUCCGUGCACCUGGACCUGGCUUUUUCCUCGCGGCAAGGCAGCGACAGCGCAGUGUGCCCAGAAAAUUUCGCUGACGUAGGGAGCGGCUGUGUGUUGGCUGGCGACGACUUCCUCACAGCUGAAGAAUCUCAGAACUUCUGCCGCAGCCACUACGGUCAACUGGCCGUGCUAAGCCACUGUGAUAUCUUCUCUGACGCCGUGAACUACGUGACUGGUAACGGCCUGAACGACAGCUUCUGGGUUGGGGCGAGCUACUCGACAUCCCGCGGUGCCUGGCAGUGGCGGGACGGUACACUCGUGGGCCUGGGUGUGCCCUACUGGGGGCAGGCUGAGGGAGGAAGCGUGGAGCCUGACAGCAGUUACCCCACAUACUGCGCAGCGCUGCACACCGAAGGAGGUUUCUAUUUCGGAGACUACGCAUGCAAUGCUCCCGUCGGCAUUGCUCCUUUAUGUGAAACUCCACCCAGUGGUGAUGGAGUUUGUGACCUGCCUUUUGUGGCGGUUGGAUCUCAGUGCUUGCAUUUCGCCGUCGACCAAUACGCUAACUUCAGCUUCUCUCGGGACUUGUGUCAGCGCGAGGGAGGAGACCUGGUCAUACUUAAGGACUGCGCUCAAUUCCGAACUGUGGUUGAUCACAUUCACCAACAAGGUUUGGAGCCUUCGUACGGCUACUGGAUCGGCGGUGGAGACCCAGCCGAGAACGGCGACUGGAGGUGGCUGGAUGGCACGGCGAUGGCCCUCGGGGUGCCGUACUGGGGGCAGUACCCCGGUGGUGAACUGCUGCCCAGCAACUCGACUUACGAGCGCUGCCUCGAGCUCGACGCUGAGAGAAUGCAUCGCUUCAACGAUCUUCCCUGCACUCAACUCAGGCGUCCGCUCUGCUCUACUCCUCCUCUGGCGUGAUGUUCUCAGGCCUUGUUAAGUGCUGUUGGUGACAACAGUAAACUGUGUUUGACCUUCUUAAUUAACGAGCGCUUUUAAAUACCACCACCACCUUGUACACGAAGGCGUUUUUUUCUGUUCCUUCGACUGAAAUCUAAGGCAUCCCGAACCCGUCAAGUCUCCUUGAACUAUUAACUAGCAGGUGAACCAAGAGUUGUCAUGGAAAUUUACGCCCGUAAUUUUUAUUGCUAAAAUAAAAGUGAUACGAAUUAGAGAUAGUUUUAUAUUCAAAUCCAAAUUUUGACAUGAAACUCCCAUUUGGCUCCAGCUUUGUGAAAUGUUGGGAAAUUUUAUUAACUUCUCUUUAGAAUAGAAUGUGCAUCUAUUAAAUAUAUAUAACUUACAAAUAGACUUGUAUAAGUUCGGUCGAUAGUACGAAAGAACUUAUAUAAUAGAAGCGUGGCCCUGGAACUCCGAAAAUAUAUAUAGAUGCUAUUCGAGCGAGUAUCUACAAUUCCUUCCAAUUAGGGAAAUUACCCAAAAUUAAAUUUUAAUUUUAGUGCAGGAAUCACGUGGCGCCUCAAAAUGCUGCUUUAAAUUGAGUAAUAUCUUUGUUUAGGUUGAAUAAGUAAAUUCUAAGUUUAUUUGGAAAAUAACGACUGUAAUCAAAAUCAAACUUAGAAACGGGUGCCAAAUUACAGUUCUAUGUUAGUUACAUUCUACAUACAUUCAUUUAGUUACAUUCUAUAAUGGUAAUAAUUACUGGUCAUUAUUUGAUUAACAUUGAUUUGCUUUGACAAUUGUGGGUGUAUAGGCAAAACUGGGCAUGCGCUGGAAUAUCUCCAGUAAACUUAUAAUGCAAUUGGCUUCAAAUAAACCAAUAAACUUUGGUCAAUAAAUUGUAGAUGAAGCUGCAAUUCCCGUUUACAAAUACCACUGAAUAAUCACUGACCAUUGAAUAAUCACUGAAUAAUCACUGACGACGCUGAAUGGUAUUGCACCCUAAACUGUUACAAUAAAUAUUGUAAAUAAGUAUUUACAAUAAAUAUUAGUAAUUUGAACGAGUUUCACCGAAAUGUGUGCUUCGUAUUGGCUUGAGGUUUAAAAAAAUUGUAAUGAA